AUGAAUCUUGCUUCUGCAAACAUAAUUUUGGUGGCUGUUACUGAUACCGGCCAGGGCAUCCCCGAAGCUCAACUUGAGAACAUCUUCCGUGCGUUUGAACAAGUCGGCUCUGGCAAAUCACAUGAUGAAGCGAUGUGUGAGUCGAUUGGUCUCGGGCUUGCCGUCGUCGGCCGAGUUGUGCACAACAUGGGUGGCCAGUUGCGGGUAGAUUCAACUGUGGGCCAGGGCUCAAAGUUUAGUAUCACCUUGCCUUUUGUGGUCUCGAAGAACAACAACUCGCGUGGCGCGACUUCUGAUGAUUCCAGCAACGUGAAGUCAAUCGGCUCGGGCUCGCUGCUAAGCAAACACACCACCAAGAUGUCAUCCAGUCGAGGGAGUACCGGAAGCAACCACGGCUCUGGCUCAAUGGGCACAUCAAGCAGCGGGAUCGAUGAGAUCGUGGACGCGAUAACUGGCGAAAGCAGCGGGUCCAAGGGUAGCGGAAGUUCGCAUUCCCUUGGUAGUAACAUGAGUGGCGAGAUGGCUCGUCGUCGGAUCAGCUCGCCAUCAAAUCAGAGCCUCUCUAGCAGAGGGCUGCACGAGACACAGAUGAGGCUGUCUCAAGCUACCCCCUCUUCGCCGAGGCAGAUGACGACGGAUCGGACGAUCAAACCGCCUAAAUUGCCGGCCCAAGAGGGCACUUCGAAUAUGGAGUCCGCAAAGUCUGAACCCCUCAAGCCCUCUCACCCGGCCUCCCAGACAUCUCCUCCAAAGCCACCAAAGGAGAAAAAGAAGUCCUCCCCAAAGACCGAACGGCUCUCCAUCAACACCCUCACCGACCCCGGCGAAUCCGGCUGA